GUGGACAGUUGCCCAUGGGUUCAGUGUCGCCGCGGAGCAUGCAGUUCCCGAGCUUUGCGCCACAAGGCUCCCUGGGCCCACAGAACCUUCCACCCCAGGGCUCCAUAUCUCCACAGGGUCCUCCUGCGCCACCCUUUGGCUCCAUUGCACCGCAGAAUCUUCCACCACAAGGAUCCAUCGCACCCCACAAUUUGCCACCGCAAGGAUCCAUAGCACCAAUGAACUUGCCACCACAAGGAUCCAUAGCACCACACAAUUUGCCACCGCAAGGAUCGAUAGCACCCCGGAAUCUGCCACCCCAAGGGUCCAUUGCUCCAAUGAAUCUGCCGCCACAAGGAUCCAUAGCGCCGCACAAUCUGCCACCCCAAGGGUCGAUUGCUCCAAUGAAUCUGCCUCCGCAAGGAUCCAUAGCGCCACAAAGCAUGGCCCAGCUGGGAUCCAUGACUGCACCCCCGCAAGGAUCCAUCCAGCCACAGCGGCUGCCACCACAGGGCUCCAUAGUCCCACAGCAGGCACCAGGCAUGCCAAGUAUGCAGGGAUCUUUUGGCCGCCCAAAUCUACCUCCACAGGGCUCCAUUGCGCCGCAGCGCUUGCCGCCGCAGGGUUCCCUGGCCCCCCACUUGCCACCCCAAGGAUCCAUAGCUCCACAGCUUCCACCACAAGGGUCCAUGGGCCCACAACACCUACCUCCACCAGGAUCUUUCGUGCCACAGCAGCUGCCACCUCAGGGCUCCCUGAGCCCCCCAAGCAUGCUCAACCUGCCCCCUACAGCCUCCAUGGGCCCUCCACAGGGCUCCCUGUCCCUCCCACCACAAGGAUCUAUAGCCAGGCCUCAGCUUCCUCCCCAAGGAUCCAUUGCGGGCGCGCC